GCCUGCGUGCGCACAGCCGGAGCUCCGCUUUGCUUCCUGGGCCUCCUCGUGACCAUGGCAGGCUAUGUGCUGCCGCAGAUCCUGAUGACAAGCGAACUGUCCAUGAUGCCUCCCCUGAACAACGGGGGCGUCACCGCCUGGGUUGCCCGAGCAUUCGGUGCCCGCGUCGGGGAGUGCGUUGGGCUGAACAUGCUGCUGUAUCAGAUUGUGGACCUGGCCACCUACACGACAGUCGUCACCGGCUAUGCGCAGUCUGGCGGAUACGAGGUGCCCUCGUGGCUGCCGGCCCUGGCGCCCUUCUUGGUCAUCAUGCUGGGCCUGGCAGUGAACCUGCUGGCACUGGAUGUGGCAACGGAGUUUCUGGGCGCUUCGCUACUUGUGGUGCUGCUCCCAUUUGUGCUGGGUGUGCCGCUGGCGCUGGGCCACGCGUCCGUGGCCUGGGCUCUGGCCUCCGGUCAGCAGCCGGCGGUGAUUUCGCCAGGGGGACCGGGAAGGGAGGGAAGGGAGGAUGUGAACCUCUUCCUCUCAUCCUUGGUGUGGCUCUUCACCGGCUGGGACUCCUUCGGAAACCUGGCGGAAGAUGUGGCGGAUCCUCUCCACCUCGUCAAGGGGAUGCUGUCAGCAGCAGUGAUCGCCUUGGCGGUCUACUUUGUCUGUACCUUUGGAGCUUUGGCGGCCGGUCCGGGGACAUGGCAGGACGGAUACCUGGCCUUGGCAUAUGCAAAACUUUGGGCCCCGUUGGGACCAUGGAUUUGCUUCUCCGCUGCCUUCUCCAACAGCCUUAUCUACACAUCCGAGCUGGCUGUCACGAGCCGCUUCCUCCAGUCGCUAGGACGGAGCUCGAGCGACUUGCCGCGGCUUCUGCCAGGGGUGCUGCAGAAGGAACUCUCAUCAGGAGAGGAAAGGGCCUCUUGA